AUGAACAGUCUCGUUCUCAUUGUCAUGUUGAUUUUUUUGGGGAACGUUCAAGGCGAGUUUCCUAUUAAUGCAACUGUAGCCCAAGAUGGGUCUGGAAAUUUUAACCAAAUUUCAGAUGCUCUGUCAGGGGCACCCACAAAUAGCCAACUUCGAUAUACUAUAAAAAUCAAAGCAGGAACCUAUCAUGAGUACCUUCACAUUUAUCCAAAUCAAACCAAUCUCGCAUUCAUCGGAGAUGGUAUUGGUGCAACAAUCAUCACUGGGAACAGAAGCAAAAGCUCUGGCUUUGACACUCUUCGAUCAGCAACUGUAGCCGUAGAAGGAGAAAACUUCACGGCAAAAUACAUAACUUUCGAAAACUCUGCUGGAGCAGACAGCGGUCAAGCCGUCGCGCUUCUAAGCAGUUCCAACUUUUCGGCUUUCUACAGCUGUGCAUUCCUAGGAUACCAAGACACGCUCUACAUGUUUAAGGGCAUCCAGUUCUACAGAGAAUGCGACAUGUACGGAACCGUAGACUUCAUUUUCGGGAGCGCCAAGGCAGUCAUCCAAAAGUGCAACAUAUAUGCCCGUAAACCGCCGCCGGGAGGAGGUAAUGUGAUUACUGCUCAAGGGAGGAGCAGUUUGGCUGAGAACAAUGGGUUUUCCAUUCACAACUGCAGCAUAAAGGCAGCCAGCGACUUCAAUUCAAGAAUGGGCGUAAAAACUUACCUUGGGCGACCAUGGGGAAACUAUGCAACGGUUGUGGUGAUGCAGUGUACGAUAGAUGACCUCAUAGAUCCCGAGGGUUGGCUUUCGUGGGGAGAUGAGAAACUCAGCACCCUAUUCUACAGAGAAUACCAGAAUUGGGGCGCUGGCGCCGGCACUAGUCGCAGAGUUAAGUGGAAAGGGUAUAAUGCCACGAAUAGUGCAAAUGAAGUGGGUGGUUUCACGGUGAGAGUGUUCAUUGGUGGAGACACAUGGUUACCUGAAAGGGGCAUUCCGUAUGAUCCAGACCUACUGUAA